GGAAAAAAUUGCUUUGACGUAUAGAGUUACACAAGAAAACAAAAAACACACCCAUCUAUGUGUUGUAAUCUAUAUAAGUGUAUUUGAUAUCUGAUUUGGUAUGGAGCGGGGAAAGAUGGUAUGAAAAGCACCGUGUGCCAGAAAACUGGAAUCUCGUUUUAUGGGGUUGGGAAAGUCCUGCAGUGUGGCCAACAGUUUUUUUUUAGUUGGGUUAGAAAAGCAAAGUCCAAUGACUGCGGAGUCCUGUUAACGUAGAUUGCACGGAAGCUUGCAACAGACCUUUCGGUUUGUUAGUUUGAAACCAUCUUCUUCGUAAUUUACGGUUUGCAAAAUACUGCAAUUUGAGGGUUGAUUCCAUAUGCAUGUGCAUCUCCAAGCCUUGUUCCUGUGAUUAAAAGCAAAGCAUUUAACCAAGAUGUGUAGAUAAUGGGGCCAUUUGAUGCGUUCAGCUGCAGUUUUUUAAAUCGAGUAACUUGUGGUUGAAAUCCAGGAUGCACACAUCUAUUGCUCUACUUGACAGAAAUGGGACAAAUUACUGACCACCUAUGCACACUUAAAUCAAUUGUGGAUCAAUUGACACCUGGGGCCGAGAGCAAUAUGCCAAACCUUUCAACAUGUGAGGCUGAAUCAUGUUGUGUUGGAAUGACUUGCAAUGGCAGUAGCUCCGAUAAGGAAAGUAAUGCAAUUGUUUUUGGUGGACCUUCUGAUGAACCAUUGUGGAGGCGCUCCAUUUUUUGCUAUGGAAUCGGGCAUAUGCUGAAUGAUCUCACUUCAGCAUGUUGGUUCACUUACCUUUUGAUGUUUUUAACAGAAAUCGGCUUGCCUCCAAGAGAUGCUGCUAUUGUUAUGCUCUCAGGACAGGUGGCAGAUGCAGUUACAACCAUUUUUGUCGGGGAACUGAUCGAUAGGUUUGGUCAUUUUAAACUGUGGCAUGGUGGUGGAUCAGUUCUGGUUGCUGUUUCUUUUUCUUCUGUCUUUGGGGGUUGCUUGGUAUGCACGAUCCUUGGGAGUGAUUCUCUUACAGUAAGCACAAUCGGAUAUAGUAUCUUUGCUGCAAUCUUCAAUGUUGGAUGGGCAGCUACUCAAGUCUCCCAUAUGGCAAUGGUGAACUGCAUCACAGCAAAUCCUACAAGUAGAGUUGCAUUGACAAGUUGUCGUAAUGCUUUUACUAUGGUUGCAAACCUUUCACUAUAUGCAAUUGCAUUCAGUGUGUUCAAAAUUAUCUCAGGCAAUGAUCCUAUUGGCAUUGAGAAACAGUACCGCUGGAUUGCAGUUAUGUCAAUCAUCAUUGGAAGCUGCUUUGUAAUCAUUUUUCAUCUGGGUGUCAAAGAGCCCAGAUUGCAACAUCACAAACUACAAAAAGGUCAAAAUGGAAUUUCAUGGUUUUACUGGUUUAAGAAGAUUCUAUAUUACCAGGUUGCUUUGGUUUAUAUGCUUGCUCGACUUAUAACGAAUGUCUCACAGGCUCUGCUUGCUUUCUAUCUUAUAGACGAUCUUCAGAUGGUGCAGUCUUCUAAGGCAGUGGUGCCUGCUAUUAUUUAUGUCUGCAGCUUUAUGGCAUCUAUUGGUUUGCAGGAACUACAAUGGACUGGCUAUCGCCUUAAAGCUUUUUUCACUGUUGGAGCACUUUUAUGGAUAUUUUCCGGUUCUGCAUUAUAUCUUCUUCCAAGCAAUAUGUGGAGCUACAUUUAUUUCAUAUCAGUAGUCAUUGGUGUUGGAAAUGCGUUGGUGAUGGUGACUGCAAUCAGCAUGGAAAGCAUUUUAGUUGGCGAAGAUCUCAGUAGAUGUGCAUUUGUCUAUGGUUCACUGAGUUUCUUAGAGAAGCUUUCAUGUGGUAUUGUUCUUUACGUCAUCGAAGAUUUUCAUAGCUCUGCAACUAGCUGUUUAAAGUCGUCAGGUUCAGGAGCAUGCCUUUCAUUGACAAGAAUCUCUCUAUCUGUUGUCCCUGGGGGAUGUGCUCUCUUAGGCAUGAUAGUGACACUCACCAUGGAUUUAGAUGCAGUAAAACUGCCCUCCUCUUUACAUGAACCCUUACUUGCUUGAAGGAAUCUUGAACAGUUAUUCUAAUGCAGAUACUCUGAGUGGGCGGGGACAUUAAUUGGAGUCUAGUUAUACAAGCUAAUUGGAUGGACUUAACCUCCUAAAGACUGCUUUUACUUGUCCACGACACGGUGUCAUGGACAUUGGACAUUGAAGCCAAACGUAACCCACUAGUUUACAAACCAAUGAUUUAUUAUGGUAUGGUAAAAUUACCUGAAUUCAAGAGGACAUGAUUAUUCAAUUUAUCUUUUAAUUGCCCAUGACACGGAGUCAUGGACAUUGAAGCCAAGCGUAACCCACUAGUUCCUAAAUCAAUGAUUUAUUAUGGGCACGGUAAAAUUACCUGAAUUCAAGAGUUCGUGAUUAUUCAAUUUCUUUUUGAAUAAAUGAAAAAAGUCAGAAAGUCGGGAAUUGGAAAGAUAAUGAUUUGAUGCUAAUUUCGUAUAUUUAAGGUUAGAUUUAAGUUUCACUCAUGGAGAAAUUUCUCCUAUCGUACAUGACAUCCAAGAGGCAGGAAUACUAAUGGAAAAUCCCUGCCUAGGAUGCAGUGAUUAGAACAAUUAUUGUAACACUGAUCUUUUCUCCAGCUACCUCCUGGUAGCUUCACUGUUAAUUGCAUUGUUUCAAUAUAAAAAAAUAUAUUAAUUGUAACAUUGUAAUUAUUGAAAGAACAUUACAAUUUUUUAAUAUUACUUAUGCUUCAUACUUGUUCAA